GCGAAGCAGCACCAUGGACUCCAACCUGCAGGGGACAUUCCUGCUCAACAGCCCCUCGCUGGCCCCCUUCCCGGAGGCGAAGGCCCCCAUGUGCCAGUACGCGGUGCAGAACUCCUUCUACAAGCUCAGCCCGCCAGGACUCAGCGCCCAGCUGGCAGCCGGCACGCCGCACGGCAUCACUGAUAUCCUGAGCCGGCCAAACAGCAGCCUGCUCUCAGCCUACCCCCACACGGGCGGCUUCAAUGGCCUGGGCUCCCAGCCCGUCUACUACGGACCCCAGGUGGGGCCCUUUGCGAAGGUAGGGAGCGACUACCCGUCUCGGGGCAGGGAUUCCUGGGCAGACCCCGGCCAGGACUGGCGAGGAGGCCGACCGUGCGGCAGCGCCCCGGCUCACCUGGCCGACAGCAUCCACAAGAAGAAGCACACGCGCCCCACUUUCACCGGCCACCAGAUCUUUGCGCUGGAGAAAACCUUCGAGCAGACCAAGUACCUGGCAGGGCCUGAGCGGGCACGUCUGGCCUAUUCCCUUGGCAUGACCGAGUCGCAGGUGAAGGUGUGGUUCCAGAACCGACGGACCAAGUGGCGGAAGAAGAGCGCGCUAGAGCCCUCGUCCUCCUCACAGCGGGCGGCGGGUGAACGGGCCGCCUCUGAGACUGAGGACGACGAAUACAACAAGCCCCUAGACCCCGACUCGGACGACGAGAAGAUCCGUCUGCUGCUGAGGAAGCACCGGGCUGCCUUCUCGGUGCUCAGCCUGGGAACCCACAGCGGCUGAGCCCCCAGCCCCCUGCAGUGCCUGGCACUGGCCCCAUGCCCAAGAUGCCUGUGCACCAGCCUGCACGCUGGCUGCUCAGAGCCAGAGACACACAGAGCAGCGCCCGAGCUGGCAGGGGCUGCUCUGAGCGGGAGGGGUCGAGCCUUGAGGUACAGGGUCCUGGAACCUGCCUCCUCCCCGGCUGAGUUGUGAGGGGACAGGAGCAGCCCUGACCUCACAGGAGCUGCCGGCGCAGCCUUGGGCCAUAGAGCCAGGCUGCGAAUGGGAAAGGGGGGCUCUGCCUCUGUCACUGCCUCAUGCUGGGAGGGGGCUGCCUCCAACCUGGGCAGAAGG